AUGGCUGAACAAACUCCUACGACGAAUGUUGAAGUUAAUGAAUCUGUGAAGAAGACAAUUGAGAAUGGAGGAGAUGUACUCAAAAAUACAGACGCGAAAGCAGCAGAUGGAAAUGGAGUAGAUAAAGAGUUAGACGACCUCUUAGACAGUGCACUAGAGGACUUUGAAAAACCAGUUCCUGUAGAAAAGCCAACAGUAGUGAUGGGAAAGAGUGGAGGUGUAACACCCAGUGGGGAAGCUAAAUCCUCUGAGGAAAAGACUGAUCCGAUGUCUGAACUGUUCGCUGAGGAAUUCUCGGAUGAGAUGGCAAAGCAGUUUGAGGAUGCUAUGAAGAACAUCAUGGGCAAUGAACCAGGCUUGAUGCAGCAGAUAGAAAAAUUAGCAGAGUCUGCCAACAGUGCAGGAGACUCAGCUGAGGCACAAAAAGAAUUUGCAAACACACUGUCACAAACACUGUCUAGUCUGGCCCAGAACUCGGAGGGUUUAGGGGAUGAAAUGUCAGAAGAGGAACUGAUGAAAGCUUUCACUAGUAUGGGACUGGAAGAAGGACAAGACGGGUUCAUGCCGAUGAUGCAAGGCAUGAUGAAAAACUUACUGUCAAAAGAUGUUCUUUAUCCGUCCCUCAAAGAAAUGUCACAGAAAUAUCCGAAAUGGUUAGAGGAAAACCAAGAAAAAACAGAAAAAACACAGCUAGACAAAUACCAGAGUCAACUAGCUAUCAUACAGGACAUAUGUGAGGAGUUUGAAAAAGAGAAAGAUUCAGAAACGGAGGAAGUGAAAAAGCUGAGAUUUGAGAGGAUCGUAGAUAAAAUGCAAAAGAUGCAAGAAUUGGGUCAGCCUCCGAAAGACAUAGUUGGUGACAUGGCACCAGGGCUUGAUUUUGACGAGAAUGGAAUGCCUAAGUUACCUGGAACACAGGAUGGACAAUGUGCAGUCAUGUGAUGUGUUAAGUUAUUUGGUUGUCAUGGUAAUAACCAUGUUUGUCUGUGAUAUAACAUAGUUAAUUUGGUUGGAUGACCUUUAGCUACAACAACAGAAAUAUCCGAGAUGGCCUGUCGUUGUAGAAUCCAUUGAAUCACUGGAUUCAUGGCCAUUUGACAUCAGAAGCUGGAUUCCUUAGAUUGUUAGGCCAGAAGAAUGUCAUUUGUGGUUGUGUUCACUCUGUUUUGUAAACAGUCACAUUUAAUAUUGGAAGUUCAGGGCCAUUUUCCCCCUUUUAUGCAUGUUUAUUACCUCCCUUUAUCAAUUUAAUCUUUACAGUUAUCUUUCUAAAGUACAUGAGAGAAACAAGGCCGAUGAAUCUGAUUGAUUUUCAGAUUAGAUAUGUUCUAAAUUUUAAAAAUACCACUUGAGUGAAUCACACCCGAUCUCUUCCUCCUGGAAAUCAAUUUGUUUUAGUAUUAAUUAUUAUUACUCCUCCUCAUAUGCAGUAAAUUGAUGAUUUUUUCAGGAUAAAUGUGGAAAACGAAAUUUCAAUUACAAUAUGUUUAGAGAAACAAAUGAAUUUAUUUGCUGAAGAGAGAAAUUCACAUUCUUAAAAUUCAAUUGAUGUCACGCAUGAAGUUGUAGUGGCUAUAGAAGAUAGGGAGGAUUCCACCUA